ACUCACACCUUCAGUACUUUCAAACCAUUCAAUUCAACAUCGUCACACAAACAACACAUCAGAACAUAAUCUUUCGAGAAAACAAAAACAACAACUUCCAUUUUAGUGAUGGCAAUGAAGAGACAAAGAAGCAACGAAGGAACAGCAGACAACAUAGAUUUAGCAAACUGUUUAAUGCUACUCUCUUGUCCACAACAACAGAAAGCCUUUGAAAACGGCGUAUACGAAUGCAAAACAUGCAACAAAAAAUUCUCAUCUUUUCAAGCACUCGGUGGCCAUAGAGCUAGUCACAAGAGAACGAAGCUAUCUGAAGGAGAAGAGCUUAAAGAACAAGCUAAAUCUCUUAGUUUAUGGAACAAACCUAAAAUGCAUGAAUGUUCUAUUUGUGGUAUGGGAUUUUCUUUGGGCCAAGCAUUGGGAGGACACAUGAGAAAACAUAGAGCUGCUAUGAGUGAAGGGUUUUCUUCUAUCAAUCAGAUUAUUGCAAAAAUUCCAGUUUUGAAGAGAUCGAAUAGUAAGAGAGUUAUGGGAUUUGACUUGAAUUUGACACCAUUGGAGAAUGAUGACUUGAUGCUUGGAAUGAAGUCACCUUUAACACCAAUUCCACUUUCUUUGUUUUGAUCAAGUUUUACAUUUUUAACAUUUUGUUGACUCUUGUAUUCUUUCAAUUUUUUGUGUAGAAAUUCGUUGAUUCUUUUGCUUAUUAUAGAUAUAUAGUUUUGUUAUUUGUAAUAAACAGAUGUAGUUAUUCUAAUUAUCAACAUUGAUAUUUCAACA